AUGACCACUCACGUAAAACAUCGAGUAAACAUGCCAACUAUUUAUAAUCAACUUAAAGUGAGAGUACCAGAUCAAUUUCUUGUGGAACAAGUAAUUAAUUCUGUAGGAAAAGAAACUCUCGAAGUGAUCUUACGACAAGUAUUUUUACCUAUAAAGGAACUAAUCGCCCCAUUACCAAAAAAAUUACGCUCAAAUAAAAUUCCUAGACCUCAAAAUCAUUUUUUAAUUUAUCGAAGGGAUUUUCAAGCUAAAUUAAUUUUUGAAAAAGGUUCAAAAUUCGCCUCAAAAUUAGAUUACGUUUCAAAAGAUGCUUCAAAAAGUUGGGGCAAGAUUUCUACCGGUAUUAAGAAUAUUUAUGUUUGUUUGGCUCAAUUGGCCAAAAAAGUUCAUGCUGCGACUUACCCGGGAUACGUUUAUCAACCGAAAAAAAGGAUCGAAAGAAUCAACCCUAUCACCAUUUCUUCUUUUAAAAUUUCUGGUCUUUCGAAUAUUGAAUCUUUUAUGGAUUAUUCACUUGAUCUCUCUUUACCUAUUCUCACUUCACCUGCUCAUCAUCCAUGCUAUCCUUUCAUCAAUACCACCACCACUUCUCCAAUUUCAUCAGAUUGUGCAUCUUCUAACGGUGCAGAACGUAAGGAUUCACCAUCGAAAAAAAGUUUUACCUCGACUACGAUUAAUGAAUGUUCUGAUCCCCGUUUUCUCUUACCUCAACUUGAACAUUGUCUUCCUAUUUACAUAACUGAUCCUUAUGACCGUAAAAUGGUCGAUCAAUUACCCUUGACAUUUAAUUAG